AUGAACGCCACCUGCGUGGCAAUGCCCCCAUACGAUGCCCCUCUGGCCUUCGUAUUGGAUUUUCAACCCUGUCGACGGCGUCAGUUUACCUGGCCAUUGUUACACUUGCCCACAGCGUCCAAUGACACGCCUGCUGCCAAUGCGAAUGUGACUCCUGCUCAUAAUUCUCGGUGGGCUCCAAUUGUGAUGGCGUCGGAGCCGCGCGUCUGCGAGCUCGGCGACUUGCGCGUGAAGCUAAAUCACAGGAGGUAUAUGGCAGGCGAUCUGCUCCGGGGUCGAGUUCUCUUUCGAGCGACCAAGUGUGUGAAGAGUUCCGACUUUGUCGUUCGCCUAGAGGGCCGAGAACACAUUUCGUGGCUGGAGCAUCGCGCUAGAAGAAGGCACAACAAAGACGUUCUCCAGGAACAGGUACGCAUCGUUGCCGUUUCGCUACUGGACGCUUCAUCAGCGUUCCGACCUGGAGAGUACGAGGUUCCGUUCAGCUUCCAGCUACCGGCAUCCCUUCCAAGCUCGUUUCAGAUGAAAGACCGACAAUUAGUCGACUUGGGGAGCAUGAAGUCCUCCAUCACGUACAAGGUUCGCGCCACGAUACGCAUCGACGGCGCACUCCACCCGUACAUCGAAGGCUCUUGCCCAUUUAUCGUGCAUCGCCCACCUCCAGACAGCCUCAUGCAGCCAGUCGAGCGAUCUUCAUCGGAAAAGAUCCGCGUGUUUCGAGUCUUCUCGCGCGGCAUUUGUACGCUAUCCGCUUCACUGGAUCACGACGAGGUGACUGCCGGUGACAUGGUGACGGUGUUCACUAGCGUGAAGAACGAGACGUCCAAGGACAUGACGGGGAUCUCGGUGCAGCUCGUCGAAGACCUGGCGGUGGACGUCCCCUUCCGCACGCAGAAGCGAGGCUCGACUGUCCUGUGUCGACGAGACUUCCCAGGAGUCCGAGCUAGACGUCAGGCGGACCGAGCUCUGAGCUUGAACUUGGCCACCGAGACGCCGUGGAGCUUCGAGUCCAUUAAUCCGACCAUGGCGUGCAACUUCGUCCAGUGGAAGUACCGACUCGUUGUCACGUGCAGCUUUCGCCUUUGUUCAAGCGUGAAGGUCGAGUUCCCCGUGACGGUGUCGUGUCCUAGGAGUGCUGGCAGGAUGUCGAUGGUUAGACUCCCAGGACCAUUCUCGUCUCCUCUAGGCGUCGAGGACGUGCCCUUAGGCCCAAGAAGCUUGCCUCAACUCUCUCGACUCAGCCAGAGCUUUCUAGAAAGGAGCGCCUUAUCCUACGCGCAUUAG